AUGUCCAGCCCCGCCCCCGCCACCACCGUAGACGAGAAGGCGGAAACCGCGCAUAUCGACGUCAAGAACGCGCCGACGGUGAAGGAGGACGCGAGCGUCGGCCUCGCCGUCAUCGACCAGCGAGCCGCCAUCCCGACCACGGGCAAACGCAAGCCCACCAGCAAGUGGGAGUAUGUGACCUUUUGCAUGUUCUACUUCUCGAACAACGGCGCCCCGAUCGGUGGUAACGGCGGCGCGCUGCGCCAGGCGCUCAUGAGCCAGCAGUUUCCCGAGGGCAAGAUCCACUGGGGCGGGACGUGGCUCCCGAUCAACUCGUUCCUCCUCAACGUCACGGGCAUCAUGUUCGCCGCGCAGAUGUUCACGCUGCUCACGGUCGCCCCGUACGCCGACUACGGCAACUGGCGCCCGUGGAUCAUGAUCGUCUUCCAGACUAUCCUGUACGGCUGCCAGUUUGGAAUGUGCGGCCUGUCCCGCCCGUCGCAGUGGCAGAUUGCCAACGCGCUCUUCGUGCUCGGCUCGCUGGCCAACAACACCCUCAUCCAGUCCGAGCACGACGUCAAGGCGGGCCUUAAGUCUCCCGAGGAGCACGCCCAGCUCGACGCCUACGAACGCUCAAAGCUGUACAACCUCGCCAAUAUCACCGGCUCGGGCCUCGUCGUCGUCUUCUACGCCAUCGCCGUCGGCAUCUCCGCCGCGGUCGGCUUCGCGACCGACAGCGAGCUCAUCAAGACGUACCGUGUGCUCAUGGGAUACUUUGGCACGCUGACGAUGCUCUGCACGCUGCCUUUCUUCCUGGUUCAGAAGCACCGCCCGGGACAGAAGCUGCCUGCCGGCACGCGCUGGUGGCUUGCCGGCCCGCAGCAGGUGUGGAGCGCGGUCAAGAGCAUCCGCGAGCUCAAGCACUGCCUGCUGUACCUUGUCGCAUACUUUAUGCUCCAGGAGACGUUCGGCACGUACUGGAACAUCCUGUCCAUUCUGCAGAACGAGACGAUCAACUACUCGCCGCUCCUCCUCAACGCUAUGAGCCUGUGCGCCGACCUCGCCGGCGGGAGCGGCACAGUCUUCAUGCUGUGGCUGCAGAAGAAGUACCGCUUCAGCGUCAAGGCCGGUGUGUUCUACGGCGCGUGCAUGACUCUCCCACCCUCCAUCUGGGGAGCGAUCGGAGCGUUUACUGGCAAGAUUGGCUUCCACCGUACCUGGGAGUUCUGGCUCGCCAUGUUCUGGAACUUCCAGACGGCCGCGUGGGGAUCGUACCAGGUCACGAUGAUCAGCGAGGUGGUUCCCGCCCCCAAGGCGUACAUGUUCUUUGCGCUCUUCAACCUCGUCGGCAAGACCUCAGGCUUCAUCGGCCCGUUCAUCUCCUCGGCCAUCAUCAAGCGGGCCAACGGCAACAAUAACAUGUGCUUCUGGUUCCUCCUCGGCAUGGGCAUCAUCGGCAUCAUUGUGCUGUACUUUGUUGACCCGGACCAGGCCAAGAUUGAUGUGGCGAAGUACCUCGAGCGCGAGGCGGCAGAGCUCUACUCGGCCGAGCAGCGUGAGCAGCAGGCGUCCAAGCUGCACGACGAGGAUGAGGAGGAAGAAGACGCUACUGGAAAUAGAGCUUAA